CUGAUGUCUGGGCAGCGGUCGCUUUCCAUUUCGGCUAUUUCUGGUGACCGCUUGUUCGUUUACCAAGUUGUAAUAUAAAAAAAGCAGCGCAGUCGUAGCUGGGGUUGUUGUUUUACAUUUCUCUCUAAGAUUUUCUAGUAUUAAGGUGUACCGUGAGUUAAUUCUGGUAAUCCUAAAUUCAGUAUAGUUGUUAGAAGCCACUUUCCUUUUUUAUUAGUUGUGGAAAAUGGAUAUAUGUUUUCAGAUGCCAGAGUUACACGCGGUGUGUGAGUCAACUUCGCUGGAUUGCAAAGAACAAAUUCCGGAUAAAAGACUAUCUAAUGUGGAAGAUGUGAAAUGUCCUAACACACCAAAAAAUUCUGACGACUCCGGGUAUAUGGAGGCUAUAUUAUUAGAAGAACAUAAGAGUCCACGGAAAGAAGUCAGUAAUGAAUUAAAAGAUAAAAUAGUAGAACUACAAACGCAAUUAAAUCUAUUGAAACGACUUGCUGCAGUAGAAGUAGAUUCAGAAAAAAAGCUACCUAACUUUGAGUCAUACGACCUCGCUAUAGAAGAAGACCAAGUGUCAAUGCUGAAGAAUAUCAACGAUUACAACAAUCUAAUGAAGGACCCGCCACUUAAUUUAGAGCCGUUAAGCACAGAAGAGACCUUUGAAUUGAAACAAUCAGAAUCUCACGUACUACAAACUAAAACGGAAGCAACUCUAUAUGAGAACGCAACAGAACCUACCACCAGCGUGCAGAUGUCUAGCUUCCAGAAGUCUAGCUUCAAUCUGCCUCAGCCAACUAAAGGGAUAUUGGAAAAAUCUGACGACCUUACGAAAGGAUACAAAAAAGACGAUAAAGUAUGUAAAAAUGUAUCCUAUGAUGAUGUCAUGAGUGAUACAGAGGAUGACCCACAAAAAGAUGUGAAAAAAACAGACAAAAGCACGGAAUCUGAUUCUCCCUCUAUUGUGGGAUAUUCACCUUCCGAUGAUAAGCAUUUCAUAAUCCCAAAUACAAAAGAGAAAUUAACCGAUCAAAUCAAAGAUAAACAGAAUAAAACAGAAAGACGUCGAAGUAAAGAAUAUUCUCCUACAAGGAGUCUUGAAUUUAAGAUGGAACCCGAUAGUUGCAAAGUCGGUAGAAAAAAUAAAGCUUUCAAUAAGGAGAAUAAAGAUAUAACAAGAGUAAAAGAACAAUUGUCUAAAGGGAAGAAAAAGAUUAGCAUUGAUGUUCCCGACUCAGAUUUACAUCUGUGUAGCAAAGAAACUAAUAUUAAUAUUUGUAAUAGUAAUCCGAGUACUGAAUCAAGUAAAGAAAUGGUCCCCAGUGGUCAAAUAUCACCUAAAUGUACAUAUUUGUCACAACUAACAGACAAGGAUGGAAUCAAAGUCAUCAAAGGUGUCGGCAGCAGUUCCGAUGUGAAUGAGAAACCUCAUAAUAAAGAACAAAAAAUAAGUGACGAAAUACAAAUCAAAAAGAGCAAAAUCAAAAGGAGUAGGAAUUCCAUUGAACAACAAAUUGAAACUUUUCGAAAGAAUGAUAAACAAUUAGAUAUCUGCGAGCAGCACGCAGUGAUCUGCACGUGCCCGCGCGCGGCGCGCCGCGAGGUGCGCGUGUUCCGCACGUGCAGCGGCACCGGUAGAAAACUUAUAUCCCCCGGCGAGAGAAGACGGAAGACUAGUAGCGGAGAAAUAUCGCCUCCAUUUUCGACGUCCCAACGCGUGGAGGACGCCCUGCAAGCUAUCGGGGAGGAGCUGUCGCGUUGCCGGGCGCUGCUGCAGCGCCAGCGCCCCCAGGUGAUCCCCCACCUCCCCCCACUGAAAUUAUACACACCAUAG